CCCAAGCCGGGCGGGCCUGGACAUGGGACUGGAAGAGGCGCGAGCGAGGAUGCUCGCAUCAUCCUGUGUGGUUUGUCAGCGGCAAGAGCCGAACCCAAAAUAGACUGCGGGCCCGUGAGCAUCGCCCGGGUGCAGAGCUGCUGGGUUGCUACCAGACUUUCCAGCAUCCUUCUAGCCACGGCGUUGGAGGAUGGAGGGGCUGGAGAUGUGCUGACCACAAAAAAUUUCCCUUUAUCGACUGUCAUUUUUUAAAUAAACCCUUCCACUGGGGACAGUCCAGAGCAGUCAUGGAAAGCCUUGGCGUGGGCUAUAUAAUGCCGAGGCGCAGCGAGAAGCAGCAGGUAGGGCUAAGCUACCUCAAACCAGCAAGCACCAAGCUGCCGCUGAAGCCGACUGAGACCCCACCUCGACAUGAAGGUCUUCUCCUUGGCCCUGGUUUCUCUGGUUCUUGGUGCUCUCUGGACUGAAGCCCAGGGCAAAUCCUUCCGCAGCUCCUACACCGUAUGCUGCUACCCCGAGAUGUUCGUCCGAGACAAAAUCCCUGCAUCGGCCAUCAAAAGCUACAGGACAACAUCACCCACUUGCUCCCGCAAAGCUGUGCUCAUCAAGCUGCAGAGAGGGAAAACAGUCUGCGUGGACCCCCAAGAACCCUGGUUCCAGAAAUACCUGCAGAGGAAGCAGCAGACGUCCCCAAGAAGACUCUAAGUAGCUGGCACAUAUGCUAUUUAUUUAUAGCCCUUAAUUACCUGUGUUUUCCAAUAUUCGGACUUUGCUGCCUUCAUCCCCUACAGUCUUCU